UUUAGAAUAUCCCCUUCAAAUAGUAAAUUAAAUUUAAUACAACCAACGACCAACUUUUGUAAAAUCAUUAACCAAAAUAACGCUAUAUGCAACGUCUUCAACACUAUCACGUUAGCGCCUACGCGUCUUUUAAUUCGUUGCUUCGCGCAAUGUCACGACAUCGUAUCCGACGUUAAAAAUAACGACCGUUUAUUAAAAAAGUCAUUCUUGUAACAAACGGCUUCGCGUAUCUAUCGCCCAUAUCUUUUAUAAUGUAUUCUUCAAAAUCAAUUAUUAAUUCACAACCUGAAGAAGUUUGGGCCGAAUUAAACUCAAGAUUUAUUAAUCAUGACGUCAAGUAUGAAAACGUUCUAUCCGAACAAUUGUUUACAUACCUUAACAAUAAAGCAACAGCUGCAGGUACAAACAUUGGAUAUGUUCUUGCUUCCGUAAUAACUACAGCUAAUUACUUGACCUCUAAAAAUCACGGUUCGAUCGAAAUAAGAAAUGGUUAUAGCAUUAACCUUAACACAUUUUUCUUGUUUGUUGGGCAGCCGUCUACAGGAAAGUCGCCCGCUAUUAAGAUGGCAGUUAAUCAACCAUUAAAGGCUAUUCAAGAAGAUACAGACAUUAUAUCUAACACCACCACAUCUGGCUUGACAAAGUGCCUCUGUACAAGAAAAUGUACAUACAUUGUUAAUGCCGAAAUACAGGAGUACUUGUACAAAAUAUUGAAAAAAAACGAUGAGAAUUACACUGGGGAUAUGGAGAUUCUAUCGAAGAUUUUUAGUGGAGAAAAUGUGUCUAUUCAAUUCAGUACUGAAAAUAACAGAUAUAUACCUGAAAAUUGCGCAUUGUGCAUAUUAGGUGCUACACAAAUAAAAAGCAUGGCUUUUAUUUUGUCUUUAAUGGAUAAAGGUAAUGGAUUUUUGGACCGAUUUUUAAUUAUAACGCCUCGUUCAUACCGUCCGAUGCCCAAGGAACAACAAAUCGCCCAACAAUCCUCAACAACAAUCGAUAUUAAGGAUAUUUAUGCCAACUAUGUACACAUAGAUAAUACAAUAUUCUAUUUUGACGAAAAUGCGUUAAAAUUGUACGACAACAUGGAGACACAGUUUUUGACCGAUCUAAACAACGAUCUUUUGCACGGCAGACCAACCAGCAAGUCUAAAAAACCAGAGUUAAUUCCAAAAGUUGCUGUCGCUCUACACACAGUGGAAUACUUUUAUAAUGCCCUUUUUAAUGAAGUUGAAUUUACAUGUCUACCAGAAGCUAUUUCCUUGCAAACAUUGGAACGUGCCAUAAUGUAUGUUGAAUCAAUUGAUGAACAGAAAGAAUUAUUUUACACAUAUAUCACAGAAUUGGUUAGUACCAGCAAAACACCAUCAGUUAAACGUGCCCCAACUUCUGAUGAAUAUAAAAAAGCUGUUUUAAUGACACCGGGUGCCUUCGUCACAUACAGAUCUUUCAAACAAAGUACAUCAAAAAGAUUUCGCGGUUUACUAUCCCAAGAAUUUGUUAAGUUUAUAGAAAACUUUGUUAACAAAGACAUUGGUCGUUUGGUUAGUGUAAGAGCAGUUGGGUCGUCAAAAUCAUCAAAAGUAUUUGUUAAAAAAGAAUUUAGGGACUUGCCAUCCGAAAUAAAAAAUUGGUUACAAGAAAGUGAAUAUGAAACAAAAAGGCUCGCCAAACAUCCUGUUUGUAUUACGGAUCGGAUUAUCGAGUCUAUUAAUCUUGAAAUUCAUUAGCAAAAAUUUUU